AUGGUCGCCGAGCGCGAUGGGCCCGUCACGGAGAAGGGCAAGUUGGCGGUGGAGAAGGGCAAGCUGGCGGCGGAGAGAGACACGGUCGUGGCGCAGCUGAGCGCGACGCAGGCGAAUGUGGGCCGCGUCAUGACGGAGCUAAAGGCGGCGAAAAAGGCACAGAGGGGCGGGGCGUCAGCCGAGGCGACGGUUCGGCUGCAGAGGAGCGUCACGGCGUUGAAGGCGCAGAUUCGGCAGGCUAAGGGUCUGAUAUCCAACGCCACCAGUGCGGUCGUUCUCGCCGAGCAGCGCAGCCGUGAGUCCGAGGACCAUGCUGGACGAGCGAGGGCGCAAGUGGGCGAGGCGGAGAAGGCGUUCGCAGUGAUCAAAUCCAGGUUCACCGAGCUUGAAUCAGAUGUGGAUAUAAGCACCACAUCGCAGAUGUCCGUCGAUGCAUUGUGGGACGUCGAUGGCGAUAUAUAUGCAGGCGCGCACGACCAGGCCACUGGCGCUGUCGACCAGGACCUCGGCGCAUUUGAGCAGGACCCCGACACCACGCUCUCCGAUGUCAACAUGUCGCAAGCUUCGCCGAUGAGCCCGCUGACUCCCAUUCCGCCCACCACCACUACUGAGAAGCGCGGGUGCUCUACGAAGCGUGCACGGUCGCCCAGUAGUAGCGAACCGGACUCGUCGCCUCUCGCCAAGCGUCUGCGCCGGCCGGUGGCUGCGCGUCAGCCUCCCGUGAAUGUCUCGCGUCCUGCCCCUCCGCCUUCAACUCGGUUGCCGUCUCCUCCUUUGGAAUAUGAUCGCGUCAAGCUUGCCUUCUCCCGUACGCGCGGCAUCUUGCAAUCUGAGCUCGCUGACCCUGCGUCGGAGGUCACUGAUUACAUCGUGUCGACCGUCCGCGUCCACGGUGUCUCGCUUCAGGUGCAGACGACGCACGGCAACUACCUCGUGACGCUCAGCAUCAGGACGGAGGAGUCGACUUUGCUGGUGUCAAGCGCAGCGUGGACGACCUCAUCCUCAAGGCAGCACAUCAGCAACAGGGAGGCAGUCAUGUCGAGAACAUCCGAGCGCUGCGCACAACUCGGAUGCCUCAGCGCUCGCCAUCUGCUUCCCAACUCGCUCGACGCUAGCACCAUCGCUUCUAUCAACAUGCCCAUCCCUUCGCUCGAUGCACUCGCUGCUGCUAGACGUGCUGGACUCGACAAUACAUCGCAGCAGGAAGCGAAGAUUGCGGAGCUGCAAGAGGCGUUGCGACAAGCCCAGCUGAUCAUCAAUGGCCAGGCGCGCCAGAUCUCGACCCUGCAAGAGGAGAAGACGCAACUCACCUUUCGCGUCGAAGGUAUGCAUGAACAACUUCGCGUCGCCAAGGACGAGAAGGUCUCCACCAACCAGAAGAUCGGCAACGUUGACGCCGCAAUCAUGCGGGCCGACGCCGACAUCAGGCUUUUCGCCCAGGUCUACACAAUAUUCCACGAGUUCUUCCCCAGCGAGAAGCUCCUGAAGCGCGCGCGCCCCAGCAGCAUCGACCCAGCAUCCGAGGCACGCUUCCACAACCACGAGCAAGACCAGACAACGUACAACCUUGGCAGUGUCGUGCUUUUCCAUGACCUACUCCCAGAGACGCUGCGCGGGCUAUAUGAGGCGCACACCGAGCACUUCGUGCAUGCAUUCCACCUCUACGCGAAGGAGAUCCGCACCACGAUCACGAACAACCUCAAGUCGACGCGGCAACACAUCUUCAGGGACGUUCCCGGGCUCUCGAUCGACGUUUUCAGUGACCCGAGGAACCCCGAGCCCGUGCGCCAGUGCGAGACCCUCAGGAAGCUGCUCGUAGGUGUGCUCUCCGACUACCCGGCGAUUCUCUACCUUUCCGGUGACUCGACCAAGACGGCUGAGCUGUUCCUCAAUGACGUGUUGGUCAAGAUCGCGACCAUCGUCUUGCACGGCAAGACUGCACUGCAAGUCCCGCGCGACAAAUGGGCUGGACGCUACUACCAGGAAUGGAAGCAGUCUUCGCCAACCCCUUCGUUCAUCGCGAUGUGCGCGGUUAUGGCUACCUAUCUCAUCAGCGGCGACCCCGCCUUUGCAUCGCCCGGCGCCGAAACCGGCAUCGAUUAUAGGACGCGUCUGCGCUCGUAUAACGCGCUCCUCACGUUAGGCUGGGAUACUGCUCCCAUUAGGCGUGUGCGCGCCGCCUUCGACUACGUGUUCUUCAAUGGUCGCACUUUCACCUCGAACAGCGAAGGAGGGGUCCUCAGGAUGACCGGUAUUGACGGGAGCGCGCAGCGCGCAGCUGUCCUUCAUCAAAUGCGUGCUGAGACGGUGCCCGAACAGUCCGCUUCGAUGGCAAGUGCCACCGCUGCCUUCAGCUCAAUCUCACUCGGACCUAUCGUGUCGUCGAUCUCAGCCCCCCAUCAGCCCACAACGCUCUUGUCUGCCGUCGUCGAUAGUCCAUCAAUUCCCGACCAACCGAUCGCUGAGACGAGUCCAGCCAUUCUUCCCGAGGUUUUCGACAAUGGUUCUGUGGUGGCCUCGGGUGCUCCUGAGGCUGGCGACGUUCACGGUGUAGAUCAUGAUCAGAUGUUGGAGGUGGCUUCUACACGUUCCAAGGCGGGCAGUAGCCGAAGCAGUGGCCGGGGGAGAGGUGGCAAGCAGCCCAUCUCUCGAGUAGAUACAACCACUAGUACUGAAGCCACAGCCGCACCUCCGGCGCAGACCAAAGGGAAGGGCAAGGGCAGGAAGCGUACUGAGGUACCGGCCGAGAUAGACAUUGACGCGCCUCGUGUAACGCGCCGCACGACUCGUUCGGGGCGUUAG